AUGAAGUCAUUCAUCGCCAUCCCACUUUUCGCCGCCGCCGCAAUGGCCGCCGCCGAGCCCAACUGGGACUUCACAUUCACGUUCAGCGACGCGCACAGCACAUGGACAUCGGCGACCGCAGCGUCCGCUCCAGCCGUGACACCGACUUCUGUCAGCGCUCCUGCCUGGACCGGAGCUUCGGAGUGGACAUCCUACACCAGCUACACCGCGACCUACAGCAGCGGCGCUUCCACCUGGGCAGUUCCCACCACGAUCUCAUACUCCAUCGCUUCUGGCCACACCAGCAUGCUCCCCGCCACCAGUGCCCCUGCCACCACGGUCAUGCCCACCUCUGUCAAGCCAACUUCAACCGUCGCACCACCUGCUUCCACUUUCACCGGCGCCGCCAACGUCAAUGGAAAGCUGGCCGGUGUUGGUGCCAUGGCCAUGGCUGGCUUGGCGUUGGUCCUGUAA